UCUGCUGGGAGCACCGCCCGCAGCAGGCAGUAGAGGCAGUGCCGAUGAAGGACACGACCUGCAUCAUCUGCAUGGAGCCCGUGGGUGACAGCAGGUCGUACAGCACCAUGGUGUGCCCAUCCUGCCGGCACGCCUGGUUCCACCGCGCCUGCAUCCAGGUAGGAGCCCCGGCCCUGUGGGCACGGCAGGCGCUCAGCAGCACCAGGCCCCGCUCACGCUCACACUGCUUGUGUUUCUGCUGCAGGGAAUGGCCCUGCGCGCUGGGCUUCGCUGCUUCCAGUGCCCCCUCUGCCGAGACAGAGACACAUUUUUAGGAGAAUUGUUCAGCAUGGGGAUCCGAAUCCCAGACAGAAGUCCAAUGUGGGAGGAGAACAAUGCUUAUGCAUCUCUGGGAGGAAGGCACGGGAGCUGUGAUGCCAGCGUCUGCCGUUACCCACGUGGCAGGGAGCAGGCAGAGGAAGCGGGGCCCUGGGAGCUGCUCCUCUGCUGCUCCUGUGCUGCACAAGGCACCCAUCGACUCUGCUCCAACUUGAGUCAGAGCACAACCAGCUGGGAGUGCAACGCCUGUGCUGGAGAGGGCACCGGCCCCAGCACCAACUAGGUUCUUGCCAGACAUAGCGCCACCAGCCAGCAGGAACUGGGGCAAUUCUGAGGCACCACAGCACUGGAGAGAAGCAGCUCCAGCACCACCAGCCAGGCACCACUGACACCAGCACACGGUUCCCAUGUGCCUGAAAACAGUGUCCUGUCCAGCCAGCGCAGGAUGGAGCAGAGGAGAACCAGCCCACGUUUACACCAGGAAGAGAACGCCUGCAAUCAGCCCCGAGGACACCGUGGGAGCUGCCGUAAUGCUACCUCCACUGCUGAGGGCAGCACCCCAAACUCUGCCAGCCAGGGGACAUCAGAGUCCUCAAGGCACUCCCCUGCAGCUGGCUACAACCUCCGGUGCAGACAGGGACUGCGGGCCCGGACACAAAGCCGCUCUCCGUUGCAGCGCCGGGCCCCACGUUCUCCAAGCCAGCCCCAAACACACCGUGGGAGCAGGCAGGAAUCAACCCUAAGUGCCGAGAGCUGCACCCACAGCUACACCAGACCAGGAGCACCAGGGGCCUCAGGGGAUUCCACAGAGGCUGCUGGAAGCCGGUCCAGGCAGCCAGGGUGGGUCCGGACUCGAAGCCUGCUGAGACCCACAGCCAGCCCCGAAGACGCCGCAGGAGCCGGUCCAGGCGGCGAGGGCCAGCCCAGGGGCGAAGCCGCUCCCGGGUACCACGUCGGGCCCGGAACAUCAACAGCCGGCCCCGGUGAUGCUAUAGGAGCAGCUGCGUGCAAGCUCCACUUGUCCAAACCUGUCCAAAGUCAUCAGAGUCUAUCACAAUAAAACAGAGU